UUGCUACUCAGCUUGAUUGGGGCUCCCUACAGGUAGUUUAAUACGUGUGCUGCGGGUGGCAGUUCUUAUUAGAAGAGAUGACGUCCACUCAGGAGAAAGGAGUUGUUCCGGGGGAAAGAACAAAAAACUAUAUUUAUAAUAUAAUAGAAUCCGAUGAGCCAUGGAAAGGGAGAAUGCUUUUUACUGGCCCUGAUGGAAAUUGUGACCAUCGUGUAACCGUGGAGACCGAUCAUCGGUACACCGGCAUUGGCACGAUGUCCGUGGAGGGCACGAGCGAGGCCAACUACCUGUGGCGACCCGCCACGGCCACACCCUUCCCUCGCCCCAGGACCAGCAACGUGGGGGAGAUCGGCUGGCAGGUGCCCAAGAGAACAGACUGGUCCCUCCCCAUCACGGGGCGACAAAUCAUCCUUGGCGAUUUUAGACAGGAAUGUGAAAAUAGACAUUCACACAUGUACCAAAAUCCAUGGUACCCUGGUCCAUACGACGAGAUUGUCCCCGGUUCGGAUGCUUCCAUGGUGAUGAAUGUUUACCGCCCACACACCGUUCCUGCACAUGCGCGGACAGGUAGUAGUCGAUAUCAUCAUCGGUCCCGACGCACCAGGCUAGCCCCACGGGCCACACAAAUCACGGACUUUUAUUCUCAGUCCUAUUCUAACAAGCGCCACGGUUUAGAGGAUCAGGAAUCUUCUUCCUCAGCUAGAACUCAGAACUAUGCCUAUUAACAAAGAUCUGGCCAGUAGAUUUUUUCCGGACUGUGCAAUAAAAGAAAUAUUACACCGCUACAGUAUUAGAAAACAGAUAUUUAGUUUGCUUCUUUUUUGUUUAUUUUGCACAUAUUCUGUUGUAUUUUGUUAUACUUAAUUUUCACAAAAAGUGAUAGUUACUGCUCAUAUUGCAAAUAAUUGAAUUUGAUUGUUUCAACGCAUCGAAUUCUCCUUUAAUAUACUUGUAUAUUAAAAAAAUUGUAUUGUAUUGCUUUGAGAAUGCCAAACACUUUUUAAAAAGGCAUUUGAAAUAAAAGUUGAUAACGUCAAACAACUGGUUGCUGAUUAUAAAAUAAUCGUGGUUUGCUUCAGGAAUAAAGAAUCAUCUUUGAGUAUUAUAAGGUGAUCAAAUUCGGUUGGAGGUGAUCAAAUCUAAAAAGAUCGAUUUGAUCACGCUCGACCGUAUCUGAUCACCUUAUAAUAUUAAAAGAAUGAUUCCUGAUUACUUAUAUUUAUAUAAUUUUCAACAACUGUACAAUUUAAUAUUAAAAUAAUCAUUGAUGAACUCUAUUAAACUUUUACAUUACAAAA